AUGUCUGAGCCCCGCGACAUCACUCUGCCGGCCGGGCCAAGCUGCGAGGCACUGCGGGGACAGGACCCGCUCCCGGCUCCAGGCACGUGGUGCAGCCGCAAACUGUCCCUGGACUGCGGGACAUGGCCCAUCGCCCUGGGCAAAGAGGAGCCGAGGCUGUGGCUCACGGGCUGCCAGGAAGCGCUGCGCGGCCUGCCCGGGCACCCGCCGGAGCUAUGCGAGGAAUGUCCAUGCGCGCGGGUGGCCGCCCGCCAGGCCCUGCCGAGGCACAUCCCCGACGUCAGGGCUCCCGGCAGCACUGAGCUGCAGCGCCGGGGCGGCGGGAUCCUGGGGAUGGAGGAGGCUCUUUUUGUGCCCACGGCCACGAUGGCGAACCUCAUCGCCGUGAUGUGCCACUGCCAGCGCAGGGGGGCUCAGCUGCUCCUGGGCCGGGACGCCCACCUGCACCUCUACGAGCACGGCGGGGCUGCGCAGGUCGCUGGCGUCCACUCCCAGGCGCUGCCGGACCUGCCAGACGGCACCUUCGACCUGGACCAGCUGGAGCUGACCAUCCACGAAGCCCACGGCAGCCGGUACCACCCGCGCCCCGAGCUCAUCUGCCUGGAGAACACGCACAGCUCGGCGGGAGGCCGGGCACUGCCCCUCACCUACCUCCAGCAGGUCCGGGGGCUCGCUGAUCGCUACGGGCUGCGGGUGCACAUGGACGGAGCACGGCUGAUGAACGCGGCGGUGGCCCAGGACGUGGAGCCGGCUCGGAUCACCCAGCACUGUGACUCUGUGUCCCUGUGCUUCUCCAAGGGCCUGGGUGCCCCGGCCGGCGCGGUGCUGGCUGGACACAGGGAGUUUGUUGCUGAGGCCUGGCGUGCGCGGAAGCUGCUGGGUGGGGGGAUGCGGCAGGCAGGCGUGCUGGCAGCUGCUGCCCGCCUCGGGCUGGAGCACGCAGAGGCGACGCUGCGCAGAGACCAUGACAACGCCCGACACUUUGCUGAAGGCAUCCAGGAGCUGAACUCGCCCCUCUGUUCUGUCAACCUCGCGACGGUGGAGACAAACAUCGUGAUGGUGAGCAUCAGGGGGGGCUGGGCGUCCCCCGCAGAGCUCUGCGAGCACCUGCGGGCAGUGAGCGAGGAGGAGUUGGCCGAGACCGGCCAGGUUGUCAGCGUCCUGAUGUUCCCCUGGUCGGCACACACUGUGCGCGCGGUCUGGCACCGCGACGUCUCGGCCCGCGACACCGAGCUCGCAAAGAACAAGCUGGAGUUUGUGGCCAGGAAGUGCCAGGAGAAGCUGGCCUUGGGACCGCACCCGACCCCUCCGAGCGCGGGGGGAGCCUGAGCAUCCUUCCAGGCCCAGCUCAGGGGCAGCUGCCUCCCCCUGGCUGCUGCAGGCAAGCUGGGGCGGCUGUCCCAGCCCUGUCCUGGCAGCCAGCAGCAAAGGGGCUGGGACUAGCCACAGCAUGCUCCAGGCAUGUUCCCAACCGGCUGCAGUACAACAUCCACCCCCGCAUGCAGCCCUGCAAACCAGCGUGAGCCCAGCCCCCAGGAGACCCCAGCCCACCCUCCCAGGAGGGAGCGCCUUCACAGACAUGCCUGGAGGGACAGAGGGGAGCCCACAUGUCACACUGACACCCAGACCCCUCUGAGACAGCAUGCCCAUCUCGCUAGUCACCCAGCAAACAUCCUCAGAGCACCCUCUAGUCCUCUACAGAAGCUCUGCUUCUGUAACUCGGGUCCCGCAGACAGCACCCAAAAGCAGAGCCAGACACCUCUAGCCCCAAAGGCCACAUGCUGCACCUGGCCCACGUGCACCGCACGUGUGCAAGGAUGCUGCAGCAGGGAGACGGAU